AUGUUGAGUCUUGCAGAGAGUGUACGUGUAUUUGAAAGCUCAGAGGAUGUAAUACUCUCUACCUCUCGUUGUCAUUCUUCUUCGCAGUUUAAUCAUACAAUACAGCGUAGUCGACGUAUAGAUGAAGAGACUGAAGCUGAAAAGGACAAGCGAUUGCACCCACAACAUCCUUAUUUGAUGCAGAAGCACGUAUUACAGGAUACUGAUACAGCAUUUGAUCACUUAGACGUGCAGUAUUUGACUGAUGAUGAGCUGGAGGAAGAUUGUAAUUACGAGAAGAAGAGACCCAUGGAGUUUGUUUUCUUGUCUUCGGGCGAGAUUCAAUCGAGAGAAGACUGUGUGCAAGGCUUAGAAAGGUCUCAAUUAAAACAGAAGCAGAUGGAAAGAAGAAGAAGAAGUAGUAGAACAUCUAAAGUGAGACUGGGAUCUCGUGGGGAAGAGGAUUCAAAAGAAGAAGAUGACGAGUGUGAAGACUAUAAACAGAUAAAAAACGACAGGAGACAGAUAAGUUGUGUCAAGAGUGUUGCGGAAAAUCAGGACAUCGAUUUGAAUGCUAAGACGUCGAGACAGCAGAGACGUCAUCAGGUUGAUUGUCGACAAAAUAAUGAUGACCAGCCUGGCUCCUCCCCGUCCUCUUCAGCGAAGUGGUCGUUUUCGUCGUCGGAAGAUGCCGAUGUUUCAUCAAAUGACGAUAACGAAUCAGAUGCGGUCAAGAAUUGCAAGGAGAAUGAAAAGCAGAAUAGCAAUCGACUUGCACAUCGAGAACAACGAGCACGACAGGCAGCACAAAGUGCUGAUGAGCAAGUCAGGAUUCAAGGACAAGCUGUAGCAAAAGUAGAGGGCGUGGAAAAGACUGCAACCUGCUGUUUGAGGCUGGAUCACCUGAAAAAAGGUGAAGGUGAUGGCACGUCGGGCCAAACUAUCGAUAAAAACCGUUCAGCAGAGCAUACGAUAGCGAUUCGUAACAAGGAGGUAUCAUCUAGUGGAGACUCCUCUCAUGCAUCUAGGCAACGGCCAGCAACUUUAAGGCAAGUAUCGCAACUGGAUCACUCAAGUAACGUUACUAUUCGUCAUAAAAAGUGGUCUCCGAAAAUGGAAGUGAUUCAUUUGGUCUCGGACGAAUUAAGCCCAAGCCCGAAGAGAAAAACCAGUACAAAGAAAGAGGAUGACAUGGUCGAUGGUCGGAAAGCCGAAAUGCAAAAGGAGAAACAGCAAGUGCUGGAAAAGACGACCCAUUUGCUAGACGAAGACGAGCAGGGUAUAAGCCAGCAGCUCCGUGAUAAAGUUGAGGUGGUGGAGUCACAGCAUGCUGCGAAAAGCAGCGAGACAAGCAGCAAAGGUCGGCGAGUAGCGCGUGAACACGAUACGCAAAUACGACCAUUAGAGAUGAUGCAAGAUGAUCGCGUAAACGAAUUGGAGGAGCAAAUUCGCGUACAAAAAGCUGAUAUUGCUCGCCUGAAUCAAGACAAGAUUCAGCUUAAAACGGCGUUGAGGCAGCUGAAAAGGACGGGAGGCAAGUUGCCCAGUAAUUCGCAUAAUGACACAAUGGAGGUUGCGAGGCUGAGGGCUAAGCUUAAUGACAUGAACCGCUGUGUCUACGAUUUUCUGGCCAACGUGGAGCGCUGGAAGAGAAACAGCAAAGAAAAACUGCAAAAUCACGACCAAAAAACGGAUCUGCCUGUUGUUUUGGAGAACGUGUGGUUAGAUUUUCCUCAGUUUCCAAAAAGGAUUGCCAAAACCGCACACUGCAAGUCUGGGUUGCGUCAGCGCGAGGACAAGCUGCGGCAGACGCAUAUCAAGUACAUGGAGCUAAAGGAAAUGUGUGCCCGACAAUGCGUUCGUGAGGCUGACCUACAGAGCUUUAUCAAUGAGCACCGUCUGCGAGGCAAUCUCAUUAUUCGCAAGAAUAGCAGUUGCAAGGCUAGAGGAGCUGAUCAUAACCAAGAGCAGACACAGAAGGAUCAACAAGAUGAAGAUCGACGCAGUGUUACGCUGAAAAUGAUACCGGGCGCAGACACGACCACACCAGCUUCAUACAAUGAAAGUGGUGGAGCAGAGAAGGAUCGUGUGAACGAAGAACACUCGGACAACCACAAAGAUAAUGACGAUUGCAAGGAUGAAGACGAGUUCGACUACCUUACAACGUUCGUCCAGGUUGGCCGCAACAAAGUAUACGAGCAUGCGUCGUCCACAAACGGAGCGGUAGCUCAGAAGCUUGCGUCCGACCGGAGUCGAAGAAAGCGAAGGAUGCAAUCGAAGAAUCAGAAACACCAAGAACAGCUAGUUGAACGCAUUCAGCUUGAGCGGCCGACCCUAGCGCAGCGGUACGAGCGAGUACCUGCGCCGACGAGUACGACUGCUCAGAGGAAUAAAUCGGGCCAGCAGUCUUCUAUUCAAUCGAUGCUUAAAGAGUGCCCACCAGGAUGCGGUAGUCAUUCCUCCUUUAUGCACAAGAAAGUACCAACUGCUAUAGCACGAGCUUCGAGACCUACCAUGGCGUCAAGAGGAUCCGCAGGUGUAAUGCGUCCAUGGAUGUAG